CGAUUUUUUAAAAUCUGAAACCUGUUCUAAAUAGCCCUGAAGGUCGAGAUUCUCCUGUAUCAGUUUCAAGUCAAAAUCGUUUUUGCAACAGUGAAAAACAAGAAUCUCGAGAUCUCAAAAGUAGAGAUCUUCGAAAUUGAAAAAAUGCAGAAAUCGAAAACAGAGAUAUGCAGUAGAAUCAUUUUGAAGAGGCGAUUCCAACAAUAUAAUUUCUCCAAAAUUUCGUUCACAAACAAGAUUACAGGAGCAAAUCUCUAUAUCAAUGAAAAAUAGAAGAAAAGCAGAGCAUUUCUUCGUAAGAUACGAAAAACGCAGAUAGAUUCAACUUGUUUCACGCCUGGGCAAACAUUACUUUCUUCGUAAGCUCUUUCCUUCAAUCGUAGUAACCAAUCUUCCCUCUUGAUGAACCCAGUAUACUAACAAUCACACAAUCAUAAGCAAUGAACAAGAAUCAGAUAGAAAGAUAUGAGAUGAACAAACGAAUCUGGUAUACCGUUUUGAGUGUCGCUGCUCUCCCUCGAGAGAGAGCAGCGGAAAACCUAAUCUCUCUAUCUCUGUGCCUCUAUUCUCUAAAGCCUCGAGAGAGAGAGAGAGAGAGAGCAGCGGAAAUGCUGCCUAUUGGGUAAAUGUUACCAUAUUAACAUCAACAACAAAUGAAAGCAUUCAAGGAUUUUCUUAAUCUGGCUUACUAUAUUGAUCUUUUACCCGACUAUAUAUUAUUACCUCCGUCUAAAAAAAUGUCAUCUUGUAAACUUUAAACCAUGAUUUUACUUUCAUUAAGAUUAUGGAAGUUAUAAAUUUUAUACUUUUAGAGAAGUACUUUUAGCAAAAAAAAAAAUUCUAUAUCAUUUUAAUAUUAUCAAUAAUUUUUAAUGAAAAUAUAUAAUAGAUCAAAAUUUUAAAGAUGGCAAAGUCAUUCAGAAUGCAGGUAGUAUUAUAUACUAAUAAACAACAAUAAUACCAAUGAUGACUUCAUAUCACUGGAAGCAAUUGUAAAUUUUGACAUUACAUUCUUAUAUGACAAACACAUACCUCUCUUCCUUUUUCAUAUUGGCCUGCUAUUGAUCCAUUGAUAUUUAAAAUAUAAACACAAACAAAAAAAUUAAAUUGGCCAAACCCUAAAAGGCCAAUCAAUAUAUGAAUGGAUUGGACUACACAACAUUGAUUUAUGAUCUAUUAUAGCUUUUGUUUUAAGGUAGAUAGGAAACAAUUUGUUUUUAUGUGGGGUUGUGUAAUACUCUAUUUAGCCUAAUUUUUUUAUACUUGCAGUUGUUUCUAUGUAAUAGUAAAUGAAAUGUGAUUAUUAAUAUACACAACUCUGUCACUAUUUAUGAAAUGGCUCUUUUUUUUAAACUUCAGUUACUUGAAUCAAGGAAAUUUUCCACUAUCAAUCAAUUGCUAGAGCCAAUAAAUAUACUGACAGAAUUGAUCAAACAAAAUUGAUAUACCACUCAAUAAACUUUUGAUUUAAUAGAAAUGACACAAUUUGUUUCCCAAUUAAAUGAUAUUGGUACUAUGAUCUAGCCGACCCUGUUUUUUGCAUUGUCAACUCAAGGUAUUUUCUAUCUAAUAUAUACAUUAUAUUAAAGUACAUUGAGAUUAUACACCUAGCUAUCUCAAAUAUACAAAUACACCUAAUAACACUAAUGUCUCUUCAAAUAUGGAUCUUUAGCUCCAAUCCAAUUUCCCCCCAACACCUUAGACUUGUAUUCUAGUGUGUAGAUUGGUAUAAAUAUCAACUAUUAGGUUUGUCGUCCCAUCAUAAGCAUAUUCUAUAAUUUUUGUUCUUCAUAAUCAUUUUUAAAAUAGAGCAAUGAUAUAUGCGUUAAUAAUACUUCAUUUACAACCAAGUAGUAAAAUCAGAUUUACCCAAAGUAUAGUCUGACAAGGGUCUUCUCUUUGGAUCUACUGUUGCGGAUUUAUUGAGCUUAGCCAUAGUCAUGAACUCUCAACCUUUACACAAGAAUGUGCCACAUAGGGAUGAAGUAAUACACCAACUUUUCGGACCUACUGUUCUCUUUAUCUGGAAUUUGUCACAUAGGAAUGAAGUAAUACACAAACUUUUUGAAUAUACAAACAUUUCCAAUACAUGCAUUGAGAAACAAUAUUUACCAAAAAAGAAGUUUCAGUCAUCGUUAUACAUGGAUUUUCAUAACAUAAUACAGGAAAUGGGUUUUGAAAAUUCCCAAAAGUUUGACACUUAUAUUUCAUGAAAAAUAUUUGAUUCCAAGUCAAAUUUCACCACCAAAGAUUGACAAUUUAAUAUUUCAUUCUAGAAGAAACUUAGGUAACUAAAAUUGAUAUUUCUUUUAGGAAUUGUUAUUUUUUGUAUCUUCUGUUUUUUAUAUUUUGGUUGAGAGCAUUGAGUUAUGCAUAAAUGAGCUUAUUAUCAUCCUUUUUGCAUUAGCUGCACCAUUGCUGCAAUUUGUGGCUACUCCCUUGUAGUUCUUGGCUUCUACAUCUUCUACUUAUGCUCCAUCGACUUGUAAACCCAUUUUCUUUCUCCUUUUGUUAGUUCAAGUAUUGUAAUUUUCAUUUCUCACUAAGAUAUGAACUUACUUGUAUGGAAUAUGAAUAUAUAUGUGCAUGUUGUUACUCUUUCAUACUGCAGGUUAAGACUGAAGAGAGAAAGAGAUGAGGCUGGAUAAUUGAGUGGGUUACUCUAGAAAAGAAUACGGAGUAGUAUUUAUAAGGAAGUGAGUGAUCUUUCUAUAAAGAAAAUUCAUACACCAAGAACAGGCUGGCGAGUUUUGAUUGGCUGAAAAUACACAUGCCCCAAUGAACAGGCUAGCCAGAAUGGAUGGGCUGUAUUUUUUUGUUACAAAUUUUAAUAUAGAGUAUCUUUUAGAGAUAUUGUGUGCGCAUGCUCCUUGAAACAACCUGGCGAGACUUGAUUGGUGCUAAAAAGUAUGUGUACUGUUGAAUUUUUAAUAGUAUUUCUACUACGCACAUGUACGGAUAAAGACUCUCACAGCUUUAUAUACUUCGUUGCAGCUUUAUAUAUAUAUAUAUACCGUAACAUCGUUGUAGCUUUAUAUACUUUAACGUGGUUGCACUUUUUCAUCAAGAGUACCAAGAAAGUUUCCAUACUUUUUAGACUAAUUUAUUUUCUUCUUUACCAAGCAAUAUUUUUUCAAUGUUAGCUUGCACUAUUUGUUGAUGUUGACAUUUUCAAGUGGGAAUACUGUUGAAAAAAUAGUGUCAAAAACCUUUUGCGUUUAUAUAAUGAUAGAUUAUACCGAGUACUAUCAAGCAUAUAACUACAAGUUUUUAAAGAAUUUAAAUAGUACAAAAGUUAAAACUAGAGAUUUAGAACAUCUCCAGGUCAUGUGGAUUGUAUAACUAAAAAAAUGGACACAUCAUAUGGUGUGAAGGGAUGUGGGGAUGACGUGGAUUAAUAGAUAAUCAAAUAAACAUUUUGACUCCAAUGAGACUAUUCUUUUACCUUGGGUGUAGUUAUGUGAUUCCAUCUUGGUGCGUCCUUGUCCACCCCGUAAGCAAUCAUUGCAUAUUUUAUUUCAAUACAAAAUCAUUUAAUUAAAUUGCAGAAAAUUAAUUGUGUGAGUUUGAAAAAGUUUGGAUGGAAUUUUUCUCCUUGAAUCAACAGGGAUGGAACCCAUUAAAAUUAUCAAGUCAAACUAAAAUGUAAAAAAAUACACAGGCUUGAAUUUUGUGCUAGUUUGUUAUCUUUUUCUAUGGCGCAAAACGGCAAGAGGAUAAGAUGUUGGGGAUAAGAACCAAUUUCUUGCACACGAGUAGUUUUAAUUUGUUUUCGAAAAAACAAAGUUUUGUACUCCGUAUUACGUAAUUUAAUUUACCCAGUCAGCAUUAUAAAAAAAAUUACCCAGUGGUAUGCCACUAUGCUGGUUGCUAAUACGGUGCCGUUUUUUUGCUUUCCUGCUUUCAAAAGUCCAUUUUCCCAAUAUUCCGGAAGUCUUCUUCCUCUUUCCUCCAGGUAAGUACUUUCUUUCUCUUUAUUUUUCUUUUCUCUUUUCUUUAACUCUUCUCUUUAACAUCAAAAUACUAAAAAUUUAUUUGUGAUUUUACUUAUCUUUAUCUUUAACUAAUUAAAAUAUAAAUGAAUUUACAUUUUUUCUUUAUCAAAUUAUUACAAAAUUUUAUUAAUCCACAUAAAAUAAGUGUAUUGUAAUAUAUUUUAUACUACUAUUUUAUUAAUCCACAUAAAAAGCAUAUUUUAUUGAUCCACAUAAUAGUUGAAUCUAUUUUUUUAUUCUCUAUCGAUACAUAACAAAAAAUUUAUAAAUCUAAAUAAAAUAAGUAUAUUGCAUUUAUAUUCAUACACUGCUUUUAUUUCUGUAAUAUUUACAAUAUUCAUACACUUUUUUGUAAUAUAUUUUUUAUAUUCAUACACUUUUUGAAAUAUAUUUUUAUACGCAUACUCUUUUUCUACAAUUUUUUUUAUCUCUUAUAUGUUUUUAAGAACUUUUAAGACAUUGAAUUUGUUUGUUUUGAUUCUUGGAGUUACAUUUGAAGUUACAUCUUCUUAUGUUAGUUAUGUAUGAGUUGCAUCUUAUUAUGUCUGAGUUACAUCUACUUAUGAGUGAGUUAUAUCUAACUAUGCGUGAGUUGCAUCUAGUUAUUUGUUAUUUUUGUUACACCCAAUUAUCUUUAAGUAAUUAAAUUACUACUAAAUUAACUUCUUUCUUUACUACAAAUUUUGUAUUAGCCCACAUAAAAUAAGUAUAUUGUAUUUCAUAAUUAUACAAUACAUUCAGAGAAUAAAACUCCUAUUUUUCAUUAUUUACAUUGAAAUUAAUGUUUUAAUUUUUAUAUUCCAUUUUAGAUAACUUACAUUUUAACUUGAAAUAAAUUACAUUUCUUAUCAUCGUGAGUUACAUUGCUGGAAACACGGGUUACAUUUGUAAUAACACAAGUUAUAUCAAAAAAAUUAACCUCUACUAUUAAAAAAAUGAUUUUUUAAAUCCUUUGAUUCCUUUUUAUGUUCAUGAUAUUAAAAACAAAACAUAUUCACGAUUUAAGUAAAGUAAUUAUGCAUUUAGACUCUCUUUUUUAUUGUUUACAUUUUUCAUAAUGUGAGUUACACCACAAUAAGUUACAUUUGAAUACACUCUAUUUACAUUUAACAGUAGCGCGAUUUACAUACCAAAACAAAGGAUUUACAUCAUGAAAAAAAUUGAGACAAAUACAAGGGUACUCUUCACGCGAAUUUUACCCCUGGGAGUACGGUGCUCACCAUGCACCGGUUGCAUUGUAUACGGAGCUUUCUCGAAUCCCACGUCCAACUUCACAGGAUGUUUUUUUUAAUUUCCACCUCACCAACGCACAUCUUAAACACAUUUGCGUUGGAGAACAUAUUUUUACAUCCAUUUUAUAUAUGUGGCAGUGCAUUCUUUUAGAAUCCACACUACCAUUAAAGAUGCUCUUAUACUUAUCAAACAUGCACUUAGCAAGAUUACAAAUUUUCACACUUGUCAACGCAUCACUUGACCGUCAUUACAUUUAAUUCUAUUUUAGUAAAGAGAAAUUAAAUUUCAGGUUAUGAAAAUUUCUAAUCACAUGAAUUCAAUAAUAUCUUACAAAAAAAUAUUCUCAUACAUUACUAAAUAAAUGUAGUCAAAGUAGAGCAUAUAAGUGCUAUGUAGUGUAAAAUUAUCCAUGUUACAAUUAAAAGAACAGAUAAUAGUAAGGAGUAAGGAUGUUUUUAGUUGGACUGGAAUUUUAUGGUCUGGUAUGGUCUGAUUCGGUAUGUUCGCAUAUGUCUAAUCCUGAUCUAGUCAAGUUCAAUCUGAACUUGUGUGGUCGGGUAGAUGUCUGGUUUAUGCGUAUUUUAUAAUUGUUGAGGUCUAGUUUGGUCUGGUCUGAUUUAUUUAAGACUACUCUGCGUUGGACAUGAAAAUAUUCCAAAAAAAACAUCCGCAGAUCGCCCUUGUGACUGUACUUCCGUUCCUCAAACUUGUGCUUCAUUAUACAUCCUCUUAUAUUAGUAAUUAACAUUAUAAAUAGUAUUACUAAUUCGCCUAACACCUAACUUUUGAUUUCGCCCGCUAAAAUGUGUAAAAUCAAAAUAAGUAAGGUUGAAGUUAUUUUUCUAGCUAAAUUGGGUGAAGUUACUAUAGAUGAUCAUUUUAGCUAUUUUCAUAUAACUUUUUCUUUAUUUUAAUAAGAAAACAUAUUUUCAAAAUGUAUACUUUUCAUAAUUCAGCCAAUCCAACCGCUUUAAUUAGAAUUUAAUCAAUUUCAACACAAUUUCAGCUUAUGAAGCACACAAACUCUCAGAAAAGUGUAUGUUUCCGUUUCAGAAACUCUGCGGAAAUUCUUGGAAAACUCAUUACAUAAUUGUUUCUCUAGUAAAAGAUGACGUUUCCCGUUUCCCAUGAUUUUUGCAUUUCAAUGCAACAUAAAUUUUAGUGCUAGUAAACGGGAUCUUAGUCUGUGUUUAAUUUUUAUGAGUGUUUCCCUCUUUCUAAGUUAUUAGAAUUUGUUAAACUGUGUUAAUACGUUUUUAUUAUAAGUACUAGCCUAGGUACGCCCUAUGGGCGAGAGGUUGGUGCCCAAUUUAAGCACGACUAAAAUACUUAUAGGUACGUUCGUCUCAUUUAUGGGGACUCCAUAAAAUACUUAUGGGCGAGAGAAAUGCAGACUCCAUUAAAAUACUUAUGGAGACGUUCGUCUCAUUUACCCAACACAAGUCCCCCGGUGAGGAUGCUCUUCCCGGUUGGCUUGGGCUAUGGGUCCAAAAAAAAACGGUCGUCCUCUGUCGCCUAUCGUCCUCUGGACCGUGGGCUAUGGGGACGUUCGUCCCGGUUGGCUUGGGCUAUAGAGACGUUAGUCCCGUAAACAAUGGCCGUCCUCUGUGGCCUAUCGACCUCUGGGCCUUGGGCUAUGGGGACGUUCGUCUCAUUUACCUAACACAAGUCCACCAGUGAAGAUGCUCUUCCCGGUUGGCUUCGCCUAUGAGGACAUUUGUCCCAAAAACAACGGCCGUCCUUUGUCGCCUAUCGUCCUCUGGGCCUUGGGCUAUGGGGACGUUCGUCCCGGGUGGCUUGGGCAAUGGGAACGUUCAUCCCAUAGACAAAGGCCGUCAUCUGCCGCCUACCGUCCUCUGGGCCUUGGGCUAUGGGGACGUUCGUCUCAUUUACUCAACACAAGUCCCCCGGUGAGGACGCUCUUCCUGGUUGGCUUGGGCUAUGGGGAAAUUCCUCUUGGUUGGCUUGGGCUAUGGGGAUAUUCGUCUUGGUUGGCUUGGGCUAUGGGGACGUUCAUCCCAAAAACAACGGCCGUCCUCUGUCACCUAUCGUCCUCUGGGUCUUGGGCUAUGGGGGCAUUCGUUCCGGUUGGCUUGGGCUAUGGGGACAUUCGUCCCAUACAGGGAGAGACGGAAGACCAACUUAACGGCAAAUCAGCGGAAUUGCCGUCCAGGUCACUCUAUAUAAGUAGGAGAUUCGUAGUAAAACUGUAGAAGCUAGCCUUCCACUCUAAUCAUCCAAAACACCAAAUUUUAAUGAAGACAGACCUCUUAAAAAAUAGAAUAUUUAAAUCGGAUUUGACUUUGCACUUUAUUACUGACUGUCAAUACUUAUUAUAACUUUACAAGUUGUAAAAACUAGUUUUAUCAUCUAAAACAUGGUGUUUUAAAAUGGGAUUUGAUUUCAUCCUCUUACACCCAACCAUUACCUACCCCAACAGCUUCCAACCAACUUCCCAUAUCUUCACCAUCUCGGGGCACCCAGGAUACAGAGCUAGUAUCCACCCCUACGUCGACCACACCCUAUCCAAAUCCCUAUGAAAUACCUACCACUCAGUUAGCUAAUAACCUUUUCCUCCGAACCCUUUCCACUGAUGACCAUGACCUUACACCUUAUGAAAAGGAUCUAAUUGCGGUCUUCCACAAACAUAAUCGCCCACAACCGAGCACUUACCGUGAAAGUCUCCAUGGCCUCAAACGUUGGCAUGAGGACCCCGACGAUUCAGAACCUCAUGAGGGGAAGAACAAGCGACCACGACACUUGAGCAAGGUGCUUCUACUAGCCACGUCCCGCAGCCAACCCAACCUUCACAAUCAACCAACCAACAACCACCCACCUCUAGCCAUAACCAAGCCAAACUCACUAGCACGGUCGAGCUAGUUGAAACAUCCUGAGUCUUAUCUCCAAGAGAUACUGUCUGAGGAGGGGAUGGAAGUCUUGACAAUGUUACCUCCGGUACAUCAUUAAAAUCAGGCCAUCAGUCAGAACUCACUUCGAAACUGAUGACAACAUCCUGAGGCUUGUCUUCAAGAGACACUGUUCGAGGAGGGGAUGGAAGUCCUGACGGUGCUACUACAGAUACAUCUAUUAGGUCAGGCCAUCAGCCAGAACCUUGUUCAAAGCUGAUGACAACGGGCAAUCCGAGUGAACCCGGUUGUGCUUCCCAAGAAAGAUCACCGCUCCAACAAUAGCAACGAGUUCCAUACAUUAUUCCGUCCAAGGACAUCCAUGACACGCUAGAGGAUGCGGUGAUACAUGACAAGUGGCCACACAAAUGGACAUAGUGGGAUGAUCUCAGAUGCGAAGCCGAAACAGAUGAUAUGCAACGGAACUGGUGGCUUCGCGAACUACUGGCCAGGUGUGCUGAAGAUAUAAUACGCCUUGAUAAAGAGCAACUCAAAGCAGGGGAAGAUUAUAAGGAAACUCCCAAGGAGCUUGAAACGAUAAUCAGACAAUCAGCGGGUCAAAUGCCCUCAAAAGAAAAGCUCUGGGAGAACAUACAAAUCAAUGCCCCCUUUCAAGAGGAAAUCAGAAACGGAAUCUGGAGAAUACCUGGAAAGCUCAAGAAACUCGAUGAACUGAAAAUCCGUGCCGUCACUCAUCUUAAAGGCAAAUAUGUAGGCGGACAUCUCCACAUGCUACAACAUAGGUCAUAAGGAAAACAAAGAGAGAUUCUUGAACGAGAUAUGAGGUCCAGCAUUCAUCCAAUCAGCGGUAUUCUCGAUGUGCAUAAAGAAGACCACCACACAGUGCCAUUCUACAGCUUCAUAGUUCAACGCACUGACUCGAGCGUAUUUAUCUGCCAAGAGAAUGACUUCAUAAUGAUGAAAAUGGAUGAUAUCUACCAGAUGUUCAUGGUAUGCAGAUAUCUCCCGCUAAAUCGCAACAGAGUCUACAAGGAAGGAUUUGAGGCAAUCAAACGGUUUAUGCUCAGGCAAAUCAGAUUCUACGCUGCUCAUGAUCUGCAAAUGGCCCUCGAGAACAAUGUUCGAAAGGCCAAUCUCACAAAGCCAAUCUUGUACGAUGCCGAGCUAGAAGACUAUGAACCGUAUCAUAUUUUCAAGGAUCCAGUCUCAAUACUCUAUCUCAAUCAUAAAGAGCGAAAGCGCCUCAUGUGGGUAGAAGACAUCCACAAGUAUUUUGAUGGGACCUUGAAAAUCAAAAGUUGCAAUCUAUUACAGAAGAUCUCGACCAAAGACUUGCUGAAGCUACUGAUGAAGAGGUGAAAGAGUACGACAAAGUGGAGACCAUUUUGAAGCCCAUCAACAAGCAACUUGACAAAAGAAGGUCAUUGAGAUCAUAUGAGCAUGCACUGAACUUCAGGAAACAUUACUUCAAGUCUCAGAAAGAAACGCAAGACGGCACUUGAUCAAAAAGGGGGAGAUUGUUGAAGAUUAUUCUGUUGUGAAUCAAGUUUGUCAGAUCUAUAUUGUAAUAGCUUAGCCUUUAUUAUACCUUGUGUAAUUAAUGUUUGUAUUUAUUAGGGUAUAAAGGAUAUGGGGCCAAAGUGUCAGGCCCAUAUACCUGGCUGAAAGCUUUUACGCAAACCUGCCUUCGCCUAUAAAUAUAUGCGUAAGGCUUAGGUUUGCGUUAACUUUGCAUUUGAUCUUAUCAGCCUUAGCGCUCAUCCUUGUGUUGUAAAGUUCACGGUUAAUCAAAGAGGAGUUUAAAGGAUCUUCACUGUGUUCAUCUUUCUGUUACUCUAAUCUUUGUUAUAUCAUUAUAUAUUGCUGUAAUCUACAAAAUAGGGAAAAACAUGAUGUGACCCAGACCAAAUAACGUGUAGAAAACACAAGAACAUGGCGAAUCGAUCCGAUUUUAACCGGUACCCGGUCGGGUAAGUACUAUACCCGGUCGGGUACCCGGCCAAAGAUGUUGAAAAACACCUAUUAAUAACACACUUUUCCUUCACUAAUUUUCAUCCCUUCUUCCAUACUCUUAAGCUCAGUUUAGAAUAGCAUUUCUUUAUAAUUUUCUAGCUAUGUUUAGUCUCCAAAUGAGGAGCUAAACUUCCAAUUCUUGGUGUUGCUCUUGAAGCUUGUUGAUUAUUAAAUGUUGUGAGUUAUUUUCUUAACUUCUUCCCUUGAAUAUUAAUUAUUAGUUCUUUCCUUAAUACUAUCUCUAUAUUAAUGUUGGGGAGUGUUGCUAAGAUGACAAUUAGUUAACAUCUUGACAUUAGUUAGAGUAGUAUUUUCUUCCUCUAUAUUAAUGUUGGGGAGUGUUGCUAAGAUGACAAUUGGUUAACAUCUUGAUAUUAAUUAUAGUAGGAUUCAUCUCCUUUAAUAAUAUUCUUCCUUGAAUAUUAAUUAAUUCCUAUUCAUAUUUCAUAUUAAUAUUUUGAACAUUACUUAAAGGAUCAACUAGUUUUGUUUCAUAUAUUAAUUAUUACUAGAAACGAUCGACGAACCGAUGGUUAAUCGUUGAUGGUUUCACAAGUAAGUAACUUCGGUUUAUUAAUGCACGGUCGUGGUUGAUAAACUUAAGAGGAAUUAAUUUUGUUGGUUAAACCGAAACCGUUGUGUUGAGGUUAUUAAUCUCAAUUGAUUUCAUCAAGGAGUUAAGAGAUUAAAUGCUACUAUCAAGUCGGUAUAUGGCGGUGUUCUAUACUUGACUAAUAGUAAGAGUUAUUAAUGAACGGUCGUGGUUAAUAACUACCCUCGAUGAAUUGGAUAUACUCCUCGAUUGAGUAUUCGAGAGGGAAUAAGUUAUAGAUAUAACAAUGAUCGACUAAAAUAUAUCAACAAGUGGAAAGUAGCAAUGCCAAGUGCUUUUAUCUUUGAAUUAAAACACAUAUAGGUUGUUCAUCUUACUUUUUAAAUUAAACCAUUCAAUCCCAAAACCCCCCUUUUUAUUUACUAGUUUCAUAAAAAGAGAAUUAUUCCUUUCCCUGUGGAUACGAACCUUACUACACUAUACUACGUAUAAGUGUUGUAUUGAUAUUUAUUUUGACGCGACACGACAAAGUGCUCGUCAAAUUUGGCGCCGUUGCCGGGGAAAGGCAAUUAAUUUUUCUUUUUAUUUCAAGAAAAAUAAAAAAUAAAUAUUAUUCAAGUAUAAAGAUUCCUAUUUCUUCUGAGCUUUGUAGUAUAUGGUUAAAUAUCGUUCACUGAACGAAAUCACCUACCAAUAAAACCCCGAAAUAGAACAAACUCUCGAGCGGUUGAAAAAUAAAUUCUCAAGCUCCGACUCGGGGGAAUCAUCGAGUGCUAGUUCUCAUUCUAGCGAUACCGAAGAGCCAAUCACUAUGGCCCUUGAAACAAGAACAUUGAGGGAGCUCACGGCUCCGAAUCUUAACCAACAACCGCUAUGUAUCACCUUCCCUACUCUUGAUGAAGGUGCUACAUUUGAGCUCAAAUCGGGGCUCAUCCAUUUACUUCCUUCAUUCCAUGGUCUACGAGGCGAGGACCCGAACAAACAUCUCUCGAAAUUCCAUAUUGUUUGCACAAGCAUGUGCCCAAAUGGAGUCACUGAGGAGCAGAUCAAGUUGAGGGCCUUUCCAGUCUCCCUCAAGGAUACCGCAAAAGAUUGGCUAUUCUAUCUUCCUUCGGGAAGUAUAGGUACAUGGGCGGCCACGAAAGCAAAUCAGCAAUGUGGAGCAGAAAGAUGAUGAACCGUUCUACGAAUAUUGGGAACGAUUCAAGAAACUUUGUGCGAGCUGUCCAUACCACGGCUAUUCGGAGCAAGAUCUCAUCCUAUACUUCUAUGAUGGUCUUUGCAAUGAUGAUAGGCGGAUGAUCAACGCCGCAUGUGGAGGGGGGAUCGUCAACAAAACGCCUUCUCAAGCUAUGAAUCUUAUCUCGGAGUUGGCCGAGAAUUCUAGAUAUUACAAUGGGCGGUCCUCAACGCGAAGGGUUGCCGCAGCGGAGUCCACUCCAUCAUUGGAGAGUCAAGUAGCCAGCUUGACUUCUUUGGUAAAAGAUUUUCUGUUAAAACCCAAAAACCAAGAAGUCAAGGUAUGUGGCAUUUGUGCAACACAAGGGCAUUCUACCGAUUCAUGCCCUUCAUUACACGAAGAACAAGUCAACGCCUUGAAUUUCCAAGGCCAUCAACAAAAGAGGUACGAUCGACACUCUAACACUUACAACCCCGGGUGGAGAGAUCAUCCCAACUUGAGAUACGAGAAUCCUCAACAACAACCUCCCCAAGGCCAAACUUCAAGCUCAAAUAUGUCCACUGAAGACAUGAUUCGAGCACUUACCAUGAGUGUAUCAACGAUACAACAAAGUGUGGCCCAAUUUCAAGAAACGACUAAAUCUAGCAUCCAAAAUUUGGAGAACCAAAUGAGCCAAAUUUCGAGUGUUGUAAGUCGGCUCGAGGCAAAAGAUUCGGGUAGACUCCCUUCUCAAACGGAGCAAAACCCAAGACAACAUGUCAAUGCAAUCAUGUUGAGGAGCGGUAAGGAGUUACAAGCAAAGGAAGUUGAAGAAGACAAGGUUGACAAAGAUGAGGUUGGCCACAACGAGGAGGAGCCAACAAAAGCUAAAUUUCCACCAUUGUCCUCAUAUGAACCACCACCCCCAUUCCCCGAAGCACUGAAGGAAACAAGGAAGCUGGAGAAAGAUGGUGACAUGUAUGAGACUUUCACCAAAUGUGAGGUAAACAUUCCGCUCCUUAACUUAAUUAAAAGUGUUCCCCGUUUUGCUAAAUUUUUUAAAGAAUUAUGCACAAUGAAAAGGAAAAGCAAAUUGAAGGGAAAACAAAAGGUGGAGGUUAGUGAACGUGUCUCGGCGAUAUUCCAAAAGAAACUUCCCGAGAAAUGUAGCGAUCCAGGCAUGUUCACUAUCCCAUGCACAAUAGGGGACACUUUAUUUCCUAGGGCCUUGUUGGAUUUAGGGGCUUCAAUCAAUGGUAUUCCAUAUUCAUUAUACAAGUCCUUAAACCUUGGCCCAAUGCAUAAAACUGGGGUAGUAAUCCAAUUGGCGGAUGGGUCUAGCACAUACCCAAAAGGCGUUAUAGAGGACGUACUCGUAAAAGUUGAAAACCUGGUUUUUCCUGUUGACUUCUACAUCCUUGAGAUGGGCGAUGCUGAUCAAACAACUCCCAUCCUUUUAGGUAGACCUUUCUUGAAAUCCGCCAAAACAAAAAUUGAUGUGUCUAGUGGUUCAUUAACAAUAGAAUUUGAUGACCAAAAAGUAGAAUUCAACAUCUUUGAUUCCACCAAAAAACAAAUUAAAGAUCGAUCUCUUUGUUCUUUAAAUGUUUUUGAACCACCAACACUAAAUAUUUUUGUUGAAGAGGAAACUAAAAAAUUCUCAAUUUUUAGAGAAUUAGAAAUUGAGCCAAAAAAAUCCAUUUUGAAAGGAGAAGAACCGAAAAAGUCACCUCAGCGCGAGGUAAAACCACCUACUAUUGAGGUGGUAACAAGGAAGAAAAUUUGGCCUUACGAGAAAAGGCCGAGGAAGAAAGUUGAAAUUAGGCCAAACUUGGCCUUUGAAAAUGAAACAAGGGAUGUUCAAUAUAUCCGGUCGGGUAAAUACACAGAAGGGCAACUGAAGAAGAAAUCCGACUGGGUAAACACACCCACCCGACCGGAACAAAAAAAAUGAAAAAUAAAAUAAAAUAAAAUAAAAACUAAUACCCGAUCGGGUAAGUGGCUAUACCCGACCGGGUAUUUUCCCGAGAAACGUACUGCAUAAGACGGUGGUCCCCAUCCUGGAAGGAAUGGGUGAGCCGACCGUGAACUGGACACGAUGGCGCUGAUGGGCCGAUCGUACAACAUAAAAUAGUGGUCCUCAUCUGCUCUUCGUAUUUGCCCUUUAGCCCGGUCCUUUGGAUCCUGAGCUGAGCCACAACCUCGUACUUUGCGUGGAACGGUUUUGAUCCCUUUUUGGGGGGUUUCUUUUCUUCUUUGUGUGAUUCUUCUCUAGAUUCUUUUAUUUGAUCCUUCUUUGGAUUCAUUUAUCUCUUCGUUCCGUCACCUGCUCCUCGUCGUACCUGCUCGUUUAGCCCGAUCCUUUGGAUCCUGAGCCGAACAUAGCCAACGUAGUCGGUGUGGAACGACCUUCUCUCCUUGUGUGAUCCUUCCCUGGAUUCUUUUAUUUGAUCCCUCUCUGGAUUCUUUUAUCUGAUACUUCUUUCGAUUCCUUUAUCUGAUCCUUCUCUGGAUUCUUUUAUCUGCUCCUUCUCUGCAUUCUUUUAUAUGGUCCUUCUUUGGAUUCUUUUAUAUCAUCCUUCUCUGGAUUCUUUUAUCUAAUCCUUCUCUGGAUUCUUUUAUCUGUUCCUUCUUUGGAUUCUUUUAUCUGAUCUUUCUCUGGAUUCUUUUAUAUGAUCCUUCUCUGGAUUCUUUUAUCUGAUCCUUCUUUGGAUUCUUUUAUCUCUCCGUUCCAUCACUCGCUCCUCGUCGUACCUGCUCGUUUAACCCGAUCCUUCGGAUCUUAGGCCAAACGUAGCCAACGUAGUCAGUGAAGGAACGGCCUUUCCCCUUUCUUUGGGGAUUUCUCUCUUUCUUCUUUUGUUUGAUCCUUCUCGGGAUUCUUUUAUCUGGUCCUUCUCUGGAUUUUUUUAUCUGACCCUUCUUUGAAUAUGAUGAUGGCACCGUAUUAGGGGGUCGGUGGCAAAAUAAAGGUGUCAGCGGUAGGAGCCGAUCUGAAAGAAAAAAUCAACGGUCCCCAUCCGCGAGGAGCGGGGAUGAGGCCGGUCCUCAACUAUGAGGAUGGCACCGUAUCAGGGGUCGGUGGCCAUGUAAUGAUGUCGGUGCUGGGAGCCGAUCUGAAAGAAUAAUUCAACGGUCCUUAUCCGCGAGGAGCGAGGAUAAGGCCGGUCUUCAAAUAUGAUGAUGGCACCGUACCAGGGGGUCGGUGGCCAUGAAUGAUGUCGGCGCUCGGAGCCGUUUUGAAAGAAUAAAUCAACGGUCCUCAUCCGCGAGGAGCAGGGACAAGGCCGGUCUUCUAAUAUGAUGAUGGCAUCGUACCAGGGGUCGGUGGCCAUGUAAUGAUGUCGGCGCUGGGGGCCGAUUUGAAAUAAUCAACGGUCCUCAUCCGCGAGGAGCGAAGACAAGGCCGGUCUUCGAAUAUGAUGAUGGCACUGUACCAGGGGGUCGGUGGCCAUGAAAUGAUGUCGGCGCUAGGACCGAUAUGAAAUAAUCAACGGUCCUCAUCCGCGAGGAGCGGGGACGAGGCUGCCCUUCAACUAUGAUGAUGGCACCGUACCAGGGGGUCAGUGGCCAUGAAAUGAUGUCGGCGCUGGGGCCGAUCUGAAAGAAUAAAUCAACGGUCCUCAUCCGCGAGGAGCGGGGACGAUACCACCCUUCGAAUAUGAUGAUGGCACCGUACCAGGGGGUCGGUGGCCAUGAAGUGAUGUCAGCGUUGGGGCCGAUUAGGGGUGGACCGGUUCCGGUUCGGGCCUGGGCCCGGCCGGGCCUCGGUUCAAGAAGGGGAGGCCCGGAACCGACCCGGGUAACCCCCGGGUCCGGGCCGGGCCGGGCCUCGGGUAUUUUUUUUUUUGGGGCUUUUCCUAGUUAACCCCCACCCCUCCCCCUCACCCCCAAACCAACCCUAACCACCUCAAAUGGCCCAAAAUACCCAGCCCAACCCAAAAACUCAAAAAAAAUUCAAAAAAAAAUUAAAAUUGGCCCGGCCCGGGCCCGAACCGGCCGGGCCGGUUCACCUUUUGAAGGGCCCGAGCUCGAACCGAGAAUCCACCGGGCCGGGUGGCCCGAACUGGCCAACCAACCGGUUCACCGGGCCGGUCCGGGCCCGCACAGUGGCGGGCCGGUUGGCCCGGCCCGAGUCCACCCCUAGAGCCGAUAUGAAAUAAUCAACGGUCCUCAUCCGCGAGGAGCGGGGACGAGGCCGGUCUUCGAAUAUGAUGAUGGCACCGUACCAGGGGGUCGGUGGCCAUGAAAUGAUGUCGGCGCUGGGGCCGAUAUGAAAUAAUCAACGGUCCUCAUCCGCGAGGAGCGGGGACGAGGCCGCCCUUCAACUAUGAUGAUGGCACUGUACCAGGGGGUCGGUGGCCAUGAAAUGAUGUCGGCGCUGGGGGCCGAUUUCUGAGCUGGAUGGAAUCUUUGUUCCUUCAUCCGUUCACUUACCUGUCCAUUUGGCCCGGUCCUUUGGAUCCUGAGCUGGGCUCGGCCGCGAUUGUGAUGAGGAACGGGUUUAUCCCCUUUGGGGAUUCCCCAGUGCCCCUCUGAUUUUUUUUUUUUGCUUUUUUUUAGGGGUCUUUGAAUAUGAUUAUGUAUGCCGAGCCGAGAGGCCGUUCGUGAUAUACGUGUGUCGGUCAGGAGGGGCCGAUCAAGUGUUUCCAUGCAACAGCUCUCGUCCGCGCGGCGCAGGGAUGAUACAGGUCUUCAAGGUGUAAACACGUCGUUCCGUGAGGUCGGUCGUGAUGUAAAGGAUGGUCUCACAGCCCUCGGUCGCGAUGGUCUCCUCUGGGCAAUCAGCUCCUGGUGUGGAGAUGUUCGUCUCACGGUUAUUGCCCGCGACGGUCUCCUCCUGGCCCUCGGCCUCUUGGGGAAGUACGAACGUCUCGCGGCCCCUUUCUUUAGCCAGUUUGGAACGUCUUCUGAACCCAUGCCGAAUGUCUUUUAAUUUUCUGCUCGGGCGCAUUGAGCAACCUUGGCUGCAUAACUAACAUGGUAAUGGGCCGUUCGGCCCGACAAUAUAUAUACACAUAUGGCUAUCUACGUGGCUUUAUUC